AUGCGUUAUACAUCUGCAGUGCUACGACCGGAAAGGGCGGUGGUAUGGAGUGCCGUCGCCUCAGGCAGGGCAGGGCGGAAUUAUGACCGGGGUGCAUUAGAAUAUGGCUCACGGCAUCCCCAAGACUCCACGCCGCCGAUGAUGAACAUCAACACUGUGAAGUCAGAUAAUGGUCAUUGGCUGCGAAGUGGAGGUGGUGGAGGUGGUGGAGGUGGUGGAAGUGGAAUCCUUACACUACGCCUCUGCAGUCUGCACCCGGGCCUCGACUCCACCGCCGCCAUUUCAAUAGACCGUCCGACCGCCGCGCACGAAAGCAAUCCUUCUCUGAUCGCCCGUUGCAUCGUGCUGGCCUGCAAAGUCAUUUCCAUUAAAGAGCGGAAGAGGAAUACGAGAUACCAAGAGAAGAGCAAAAGUCCAGGGCGGGAACUAAGCUAUAUUACGCGUUCAUGCACUGCUCUGCAUUUUCCGUCGCACAUAUGUUCCCUGCUGGCCUACAUCGACUCUGAACUCCGACGUGGAUAUGCUUGCUCCUGGAAGCUCAGCUACCUCAGACUACUCUAUGCAUACCAUCUGGGUAUUCGAGGCGAAGAAAUAUACCGAGGCCUGGGUCUCGUCGCACUAGCCAUUGCCAAUGUACGACCUGUCCGAAGGCUUAGGCCCAAUGAGGCAGCAGGAUAUGCUCGAUCGAUGUCUUUGUCCACCUCGUUGGAACAUGUGGUCAUUAACAACAUUCCGGAUUUGGCAAUAGAACUAAUAGUCCAUUCCGAAAGUCAACUCACCAUCUUCCGCAUGGCUCGAAAACAUCCGGGCUGGAAAGUCUACCUGCAGUAUGCGCUCCUGGCUCGGGGGGUCGAGCCUGGAGUAGAAGAUGAUUGUAAGCUUAUCAGAUACAUCACAGUAGAUCCAAAGCUGAUGGCCACGAACAGAUCGCAAACGAAUCGAAAAAGCGCUCUAUCGCGAGACACCCUCGUGAAUUUGAUCCAAUCUAUUGACACAGUAGAAAAGGAAUGUCGGGCAAAGGCUUCUGCGGUAGGGGCCCAUGCAGGUGCUGGAGAAUUGAAUAAAUCUAGGCCCGACAUCGACUUACUAGAGAGCUACAAGACUUUGAUACUCGCUGCAAAUGGCGUCAUAGAGCAAUACCUUGUCGCACUGACAUCGAUGCUCGAGGAAGAACGCCGACAUAAUUUCAGCGAUGGGUAUCGAUCACUGAAUUUCCUGGAAGAGCGGAUUAAUGUUUGGAAAUCAAAUUUGGAAGGUGACAGGCAGAAUAUCAAGACCCUCUCAGAGGUGCUGGCAAAGGCCAAGACCAGAGCAGAUCUUGAAGAGACCUUUCUGGAUGACAGGCUAAAUGGCCAAUGGCGCGGCGCUAUGGAAUUUGGUGAUGGCGCAAAUCUGGCUGGUCUAUGGGUGAAAGUUGACGAGAAUGAUACUAUAGUCAAUGUAAGUCCCCUCCAAUCAGACUAUCAUCGUAAUCCGGCGUUUGAACUGAUCGUUACACGAAGCAUAUCGUUCGCAAAUAAGUUCUAUCAACGAGAUACCCUUAACGGAACACCUCUGGAGGCCUAUUUCGCAAACAAAUGUGCGGCUGUGUCGAAUCGUCACUUUGCCCGCGUAGGCUCAUGGCAUCUCGAUAGAGUCAAAUACAUCUUGACUCUAUACUCGCCAUUUUGUGCAAAUGGAGAUUUAAAGGGCAUGAUCGUCAAGAGCGUCACAUCAGAUACGCCUCUUCCGGAACCUGUGACACUGACCACUGACGAUUCCUGUGCUGCAGUUCUUAAGCAUGCAUCAUUAUGCGAGAUGGAUCCCCAGGCCAAGGACUCGUGCCCAACUGCCUGGAAACAUUUUCAUGGACCCGCCCGGCGAACGUUUCCCAGCAUAUCCCACUCUGAAACUGGUAUGUUAGGUAGCCUGGCCAUGGCUGAUUUCGGCCUCGCAAUUGAAACCUUCGAAGGCGAUCCCAACAAUCCUUCAAAUUACAAUAAAGGCGCAGGCUCCAAGCCUUUCGCCUCUCCCGAACAGUUCAACAAGAAACAGCGAAUCGACCUGAGCGGAAGUCCCAACGUAGCACUUGCAGAACCUCGACUUUGGGAGUGGACCAAUGUAUACUCAGUCAGUCUGAUCAAUGUUCAAACUAACACGUCCCCAGCCAUCGGCGUUGUCAUGUACCAGAUGUAUCACAACUGGAUCCUCCACCGAGCCGAGCAAAAAUUCCUCGUUCCGGAUGAAUCGCAGUGGGAUAUGAUCAACGACGCCGUGCCGCGUAGCCCCAACCUCGCAAAUCUGAUCUCGCGCUGUAUCGAGACGAAUCCCGAGAACAGAAUUUCUUUGGACGAGUUGUAUGAAGGGGUUAGAAAUUUGGAACCACAGGGGCAGCCGGCCAUGGCGCAAUAUUUGCAGGAGGGGUUGAAUGGAUCUCAGCCUGAGAAUGAGGAAUUUGAUGUGACGUUUGGAAGCCCGGUGAAGUAUGCGAUUGGUAUGGCGUAUAGGGAGGAAAGUGGGUUUGAGUCGAGCGAUAUGAUGAGUGAUGUGCAAGAAGAAGAUGGUCUAUCAGCCGGUGCUCUCAAGGUAUGCGAUUUCUCCUGUGGAGGAAUCGAAAUAAGGGAUUGGCUCAUUGGCGGCAUCGAUCGAUGGUCACCGACACAUCGCCAAACCACAGUUGCCUCCGCCUACAAUAAGCCACGUGAUUGUCUUGACCGGUCAUCUUGA